GAUUGGACGAAGAAGUUUCACCUCGUACCAACCACCUGCGCACAAUGACCUCACUGCUCGAUCCUGCACAGAUUGAUGCAAUUGAGCUAAGGAGGCAGAAGCAACAAGAACAUAGAAGAGCAAUCACGGAGCAGGUGGAGGAGCGACAGAGAAUAAAGAGAGAAGAGGAGAGGAGGAGAAAGAUGGAGGAGGAGGAUGAAGAGAGGAAAUUGGAAGAGGAGAGAAUGAAAUUGCAAAAUCAGUUUGAAAGAGAGAAAAAUAAACAGCAUGCAAUGGAGGAAAAGCGUGAGAAGCAGACACAACAUCUUUACCAACAAAUGCAGGAGGCCAAAGCAUCGGCGCUGAAGGAUAAACUUGAAAGAAGAGAAGAAGCUUUGAGAAACCGUGGUCAUGAUACAUCUAGGUUGGAGAAGACGCAUAUGAACACAUUAAACAUACACAAGAACCAUCGUUCCCCUGAGCGAGGUAUUAAAGUUCCCAGCAUUGAUAUAAAUGAUCUUCACUCUGUGAGCCAACACAGCAUAACUGCAUCAACAGCAACAAAUUUUCUACAAUUUGAUAAAAAUCCGGUUUCUGUUAUAACUAAUCCAAAUAACAAUGGACCAAUCAAACUUGAGAUAUCUGUCAAUCAAACUUCACCAAGAAAUGUUGUGGAAGCAGGGAGCCAAACAGACAUCCCAUCGAAACAUAGAAAUGAUAAAUACUUCCACAUAGUGAGCGACGAUGAAACCGAGUAUCUUCCUCUUCCUUAUCCUAGUGGUCGACGUAACAAUGAGAGGAACAACAAUGAUCAUGAGUACGAUAAGUAUGCACGUGAUGAUAAAUACAGUCAUGAGGAUGCUCCCGUGAAAUCUCGUAAAAACAACGAAAAACCUAAGUGGGGUGUCGGGCAGAAAAAGAAACAAUACAAACCUGCUUCCAAAAGGUAUGUAAACUCUAAUGAAUGGAAAGAACGACACGAAUCAAACGUUCGUCGACGGGAAGAACAACUUCUUGCCCAACAAGCGAUGAAUGAAAGGAAGAAGUUGCUUGCUGCAAAUAAAAGGAAAAACGAUAGCACGGUCUCUCACCGUUCCCCUUCCCCACCUGUGCCUGCAUUAAGAAGGUACAACCAACAACAACAAAGGGAAAGGUCGGUGUCCCCUCCUAAGCGUUACCACGACAACAGCGACGAAGGAAACAUCCGUCCACCACCGAGGAGGAAUCGAUCACGAUCACCUCCCGUCCCUCAUGUGAGGAACCAACUUCGUGAACAUCAUCAUCAUCAGCGCGAUCGUGAGCGAACCGUGAAUGAAUCAACAGAAAGACCAGAGACAGCGAUGUCGGUAACAACGGACCAAGCAAAAUACAAACCUUAUAAACAUUCUCGUGAUUCCCCCGUUCCGGAAACCAUCGAUUUUGUUGAGUAUCGCCGUAGCGAUGUUAUUUUAGACCCAAACCAGCCUCCUUCAAGACCUGAAACUGCAGUUCAAAACGCGAUUACGCAGUCGUUCCAUGAGAUGGAAGAAGCCACUAGGGGCAACCAAGAGCAAAGCAAGGAUCCAUUGAUAAACGCAGACAUGGUAAAACAGCGUGAACGCCAGGACAAAAUUUUAAAGGAAAUUUCGAUUCUGCGCCAGGGCCUUUUACUGAAACAGAGAGAAGUAGCAAGCUACCCUGUUGCUAUGAAUGUGGAAAACCGUAAUCUAACGGAGCGCAUGAAUGAUGUUUCUAUGGAUUAGUUCGUAAAAUAUGUUUUCUAUUACUGUAUAGUUAUUUGCACCUAUGUUUUGCCCGUAGAGAUAUUUAAUAAACGUUGGUACAUUUUA